AUGAGACAGGACCUCCACAGCCCCCUGCAGCCCCACGAGGCCUCGUCCCCCCUCAGACACCCCGACAUUGGAGAUGCUCACAGGAGAGCACUGAAAGCUGUGGACAAAGCAACUUUAGCACUCAUCAUGCCUAGGAAUUUAGGAGAAAAUUUGACAUACAGUCUACUUCUCCUCUGUGGAAGAACCGCAGGUGUAGAGCUGGCAGCUCCUGCAGCAGCAGCGCGGGAAGGCCCGAGCGGGGCUGUUUGCCGGCGUUCCGGCAGCAGCCGGGAGGGGAAGCACCUGAGGGGCGGCCCAAGGCCGAGGCUAAGGACGUCUCGCUCUCAUCUCCGGGGCGAGGCCCCUUUGUCAAAGCCCGGGUCGCUGUUCCGGAGACGCGGGGCGCCGGCACGCAGAGUUCCCCGCCCGAAACACCGUUCUGGGGCUCUGACCAAGCCCUCUGCCAACCGAGCCGAGCCUCCCUGCUCGCUGCCCUGUUCGCCUCCCCUGCCGCCCUACCUGCUCGCCUCCCGGCCGCCGGAGCUCCCGCAGCCGCGUCACGCCGCACCUGCCUUUUUUUGGGCUCCGACCGUGUCUUUUCCGUCAAGGCAACAUCACUUCCCGUACAGCCCGAGGUGGGGGCGGGCCGGGCGGCACCGCCCCGGCGUGUCCCGGCCCCGCCGCGGCCACCUGGGCGGGCUGAGCGCGGCCCGAGGGCAGCACCGCGCGGUGCUCGGCGGCGUUAGCCGGCGGUCGCGCCGGCUCCGACCGGCUCCAUUGCCCCCGACGGACGGGGCGUGCGAGGGCCGGGCUGCGAGGCGGGCCCGGGAACGGCGCCGCACGCCUCCCUCAGGACCUCUUGUCGGGCGCGGCAUCCGGCGGCGGCGCGGCGGGGCCGUGUGGGGCCGCGGGCGGCUGGAAGAGCGGCCCGUAGAUGUAGAGCCCGCUGGCGACGCCGAGCGCCACGGCCACGGCCACGUGCUGCAGCGGCAGCCGCCCCCUCAUGCCGGCAGGCGGUGCUGCCGCGCUCACGGACACGCGUGGGGCGGAAGGGAGCUCACUGCGGCGCGGCCCCGGCUCGGCUUCGGCCCGCGGCCCCGGCGCCCUCACCUGAGCACGGGACACGGCAGAGCCCCGGCUUCCCGCUGGCUGCAGGCACCGGACGGAAGUACCGGCGCUGUCCCGCCUCCCGCGGUCGCGCAUGCCCCGGCGGGGGAGGCGGCCGGGGAGCUGCGGGCGCGGAUGCCGGAGGCGGUGCGGCUCCGCAAGCGGCGGUCGGUGCUGUACAGCUCGGCCGGGGGGGCAGCCGCGCAGCGAGGCGCCGGUGCGGCCGCGCCCGCGUCGCUGCUGGCGCUCACCCUGGCGCUGCGGACGCUCAAUUGCUUCCUCGUCCAGACCAGCUUCGUACCGGACGAGUACUGGCAGUCGCUGGAGGUGGCCCAUCGCAUGGUCUUCAAUUAUGGUUACCUGACUUGGGAAUGGACAAGUAACUUAAGGGGCUACUCGUACCCAUUGAUCUUUGCAAGCAUGUACAAAGCAUUACAGCUGCUGGCUAAGGAUAAUGUUUGGCUGCUGAUCUGGGUCCCUAGGCUUGCACAGGCAGUGCUGGCUGCUUUUGCUGAUGUGAAGCUCUACUCAUUAGUGCAACACCUUGAAAAUUCAGAAACAGCAAAGUUUGUGUUCUUCUGCCAACUCUGUUCCUGGUUUACAUGGUAUUCCUGUACCAGAACUCUAACCAACACCAUGGAGACUAUUCUUACCAUUUUUGCUCUUUCCUACUAUCCCAUAAAAGGCUCCAAGAUGGGGAACAGUUCUAAGUAUUUAGCUUUGGUUGCACUUGCAAUUGUUAUUCGUCCCACUGCUGUUAUCCCAUGGAUGCCUUUGGUCUUCAGCCACUUUCUGCAAGAACAGAGGAAAGCAGACCUUAUCCUACACAACUGCAUUCCAGUUGGAUUGGUCACAGUAGGAACCUCUUUAAUAAUUGACCGUGUGUUUUUUGGUGAGUGGGUACUGGUUCAGCUGAACUUCUUGAAAUUCAACGUGCUGCAGAAUUUGGGAACAUUUUAUGGCUCUCACCCUUGGCACUGGUACUUCACUCAGGGACUGCCAGUUGUCCUGGGUCCCCAUCUGCCGUUCUUUAUUCACGGCUGUGUGCUGGCACCAAGGAGGUUCCGCAUCCUUCUGCUGGCACUGAUCUGGACACUGCUGGUGUACAGCACACUGAGCCAUAAGGAAUUCAGGUUCAUCUAUCCAGUACUGCCAUUCUGCAUGAUUUUUUGUGGAUAUUCUUUGAGAUACCUGAAAGCAUGGAAGAAAACUGCAGCAAGUUUCCUGCUGUUAUCCAAUUUAGUCCCAGCCCUGUACACAGGCUUGGUUCACCAGCGAGGUACUCUGGAUGUUAUGAGUCACAUCCAGCAGCUCUGCCAUCACUCUCAGCAGUCACAAGCUUUUGUUUUCAUCCUGAUGCCAUGCCACUCUACCCCAUUUUACAGUCAUGUUCACUGUCCUCUAAAAAUGAGAUUCCUUCAGUGUCCCCCAGACCUAACUGGCAAUGCGAGCUACGUUGAUGAAGCAGAUGUGUUUUACUCUAACCCACUUGGCUGGCUGAAUAAGGAGUUUUACAAUGACACAUUAUUACCCAGUCACUUGAUCCUCUUCAAUGUGCUAGAACAGGAAAUAUCACCAUUUCUAGCUUUAAGGGGCUAUGAGAAAACAGCCACUGUCUUUCAUACUCAUGUACCUCAGGGACGAGUUGGAAGCCACAUCGCCAUCUACAGGAGAAAAACUGAAAUGAAUUAUCCCUGAAGAUCAGGCUAGAGCUCGGACCUAAGGAGAUCAGUUUUGCACAGCAGUAGCAAUGCUUACACCUCAUUCUGCAGAAAGGAGAAAGCACUGAGUCUGAAACUGGGGAAGCCAAUGGGAAGUCCCAUGAGGCAGCCAGUGGCUGCCUGCAAACCCAUAAACCUCCUCCUGAAGGCAGCUUCAGUAGCAGUGGGGCAGGGUGGGGCUGCUGACCUACCUUACAACACUAGAAAUCAUUGGGAAGACCAAAAUUACCAUAUGAAUACUUAAGCAAUAAAGUACAGACAAGACUGGACCGUUUUUAUAGAACUGUACAGCUAUGCUGAGUUUCUUUUAUAAUAAAAGACUUUUACCCACAA